CGCGCUCUUGUUUCCUAUGAUGCCGCGCGGCAGCGCGCGUUCUUAUUGGGUGGAUUUGAAAAAGUGCCGCGACGCAGGCUGCAGCGGUCCGGCCGGGCCGGGGCGGCUCGCGCGGUUUUUGCAGAAUGGAACCAGUUCUGGAUCCAGAAACGAUUUUUAGACCAUCCUAUAUUGCCAGUGUUGAGCUACCUUUGAGAACUGGGCCAGUAAAUGUUGAAGAUAUCAAAACAAACCUCUCUGAUGAAUUUUCCUUGGCUGCUUCAAGCUUGGAUAUGAGUCAGCUGAACAGCUUUGAGUGCAAGGAACAUGUACAAGUUUGCCUUCGAAUUAGGCCUUUCACAUCAUCAGAAAAAGAACGGGAAUUUCAGGAAUGUGUUUCUAUUCAAGACUCAACUAGUGUUAUAUUGAAAGCUCCGAAGAACUCCAUGGCCUGUCGACUCAGUGAAAAAAACAUGGGGCAGAUGACGCAGAAAUUCAUGUUUUCACAUGUGUUUGGACCUGAAACGACCCAGGAAGAGUUCUUUGAGGGCACAAUGAAACAACCAGUACAAGACUUCUUGGAAGGACACAGUCAUCUUAUUUUCACUUACGGUGUAACAAAUGCUGGAAAAACUUACACAUUCCAAGGGACGGAAGAUGAUGUUGGUAUCCUGCCAAGAACUAUGGAUAUGCUGUUUAAAAGAGUUCAUGGUAAAAUGUAUCCAGAAAUGGAUCUCAAGCCCCAUAGGUGUAGAGAAUAUAUAAAGCUGACUAAAGAACAAAUGAAAGAAGAAAUUGCUUUUAAAAAUUCAGUUCUUCGUCUAACAAAAGAGACAGAUUCUCAGAACAGCAAUUGCAGCAAGACUUCAGACGAAUCUGAAGACUUGGAAGAAGUCAUAAAAGAAUCUGAACAAUCUAUCACAACUGAAGGAAGCCACAUGAAAUUCUCUCUUUGGGUUUCCUUUUGUGAAAUUUACAAUGAGUGCAUUUAUGACUUGCUGUUCCCAAUAACAAAUGACAAGAAAAGAAAGUUGUUGCGUCUUGCUCAAGAUAUCAAAGGCUGCUCAUAUGUGAGAGAUCUGCAGUGGGUCCAGAUUUCUAAUGCAAAAGAAGCUUUUAGACUUCUGAAGUUAGGAUUGAAACACCAGAGCAUUGCUUGCACAAAACUGAAUACUUGUUCCAGCAGAAGUCACAGCAUAUUCACUGUUAAAAUAUUAAGGAUUGAAGAUUCUAAAAUACCUCUUGUAACACAAGUCAGUGAAUUAGUACUCUGUGAUCUUGCUGGCUCAGAAAGAUGUACCAAAACACGCAAUGAGGGUGAUCGAUUGAAAGAGAGUGGAAACAUUAACACUUCUCUGCUGAUUCUAGGAAAAUGCAUUAAUGCACUCAAGAACAGUCAACAAUCGAAACUGCAGCAGCACAUACCAUUCCGGGAAAGUAAACUAACUCACUUACUUCAAGGCUUCUUCAAUGGAAGAGGGAAGGUACAUAUGAUUGUCAACAUAAGCCAGUGUGCUUCUGCCUAUGAUGAAACCCUCAGUGUACUGAAGUUCUCAGCAGUUGCACAAAAAAUUUUAGUUCUAGACACUUAUAAUCCUCCCCAAGAGCAGUCAUUUGGCCAGAAGUCUGUCAGAGAAGUGCCAUUUGUAAGUGAUAACAAUACUAAAAUGCAAGUAGCAAGAAAAAGAGCCACUAUACUCUGGGACAGGAGCCUGGAAGAUGUGAUGGAGGUUGAUGAUUGCAUUAUGCAUGACAAUGAGAUGCAGGCAGAACAAGAAAUGGUAAAAGACAUGCCAAAGGCAGAGGAAGAGCAUGAUAAGUCAAUAGAGAUGCCAAAGGAGAAGAUGGAAGGCCAUGAAGGAAGUGAGAUCGUUAUUGGAAAAGAAGAGUAUCUGAGACUACUAACCAUAAUAGAAGACUUAAAAAAUAAACUGAUUUCUGAGAGAAAAGACAAAUUGCUCUUGGAAUUAAAAAUCCGUGAAGAAGUUACGCAGGAAUUCACUCAAUAUUUUGCUCAACAGGGAAAUGACUUCCGGGUGGCCCUUAAUCGUGAACGAGAGUUACUAGAGGAAACUUCUGAAAAACGCUUAGAAAUCUACAAGGAUCUUGUAAAUGAAUGCAUCAAACUACCUGAUGAAGAAGAAAAAAUAAAGGAUGCUCGUUAUAAUGAGCAAGCUGCAACUCUGGAGGAGGGCAAUGUAGUUCCGAAAAGUUGUAUUUAUCUUGAGGGCAUUAUUGAUUCCUUGGAAAAUGAUGUUACUGAUAUUAAGAAGCAUGCAGAAGAAGUCCACAGCUACAUUGUAUCCUUACAAGACCCACAGGAAGCCAUUGCAUGGCUUGAAAAACAAUUUAAAGAAGUUACUACUGAGCUAACUAAAACCAAAGAAGAGCUAACACAAAGAACUAAAGAACUUAACAUCCAAGUGGCCAAACUGAGUGAAUAUACUCAACAACUUAAUGAAACCACUGAGAAAAUGACUACAAAGAAUAAACAAAUUCAAGAGCUCAUUCACAUCACGGAGCAAAAAGAUGAUGUUAUAGCAAGACUCCAAGACUUAAUAUCCCAUUUGGAAGCUACCAUGAAAAACUAUGACAGCGAUGUAACAACUAUUAAAAAAGAAAUUGCAAAAGAGAACAUCAACAAGAGAAUACAAGACGUCCAGUUAAGUGAACUUGUGGAGAAUGUAUUGGAAGUAGGAAGAAAACGCCGUUCUGAAAAUAAGCUUACUCAGGAGGAAGAGCCACCUACAAAGAGAGGAUGCAUUCAAAAUAAGUGUAAAGAUGAUGCACUAGAACAAACUAUGCUUAAAGAACUGAAACAAAACAUUUCUGAAAAAGAUGCAGAAAUGCUAGCAUUAAAGGAAAGAUAUGAGAACCUGGAAUGCCAGUUAACUGCACUUAAAGAAGAAUUUAAAAAUGAAAAAACAGAGAAGGAAGGCAUCAGUGAACAAAUGGCAGGCUUGCACCUCCAGCUAUCUAGAAAAGAAGAAAGGGUUUUUGGCUUGAGUGAAGAACUCCAACAAUCUCAGGCUAAUUAUGAGAAAAUAGUUUUUGAAUUAGAAGUACAAAAAGGUAUAAAUAAAGAACAAGAAAAAAAAAUUAAGCAACUGACUAUAGAGAUAGAAACCACUAGCCAAAAUAUCAGAGAGAGCGCAUCACAAAUUAAAACAAUGCAGUCAAAAAUAGAGGAGGUAUGUAAGCUUGAUUUAGAAUCUCACACUGUGGAUGCUGAUCUGGUCAAUCUAAGGGACUUUUUGGAAUAUUCCCCCAAAAAUACACCUGAGAAAACUCAAAUGCAUUCCUUAUGCAUGGAUUUUCAUGUUUCUAAUACUCCAGAUCUAGGGCAAGAAAGCUCUUUCUAUAGCAGCAUUGAAGGCAUUUGGAAAGAGUGCAGGAAGCUUAUUGAGGUUUCUUCCCAAAAGAGUUGUAAGAUCCAAGAACUGCUUCAGCAGGUUGAAUAUUUACAAAAGCAAGUCAGUGAUGCAGGGAAUGAGAACAGUCAACUAAAACUGAAAUUGAAUGAGAUUACAAAUCAAGGUAAUCUGUUUUUAAAGGAAAAAGACAUCCUUGUUGAUCAAUUACGGGAACAAUUGCAGGAAAAUACCCUUGAUUCUGAAAAACAUAUAGUUGAACACUGCAGAACAAUUAUGCAUCUUGAAAAACAAAUUUCUGACUACAAAACAAAAAUAAAAGAGCUUGAAAGCCUCUUAGAAGUUUAUAGGACAAAGGAUGAUAAUGCAGCCACUUUAAAAAAUAUGCUUAAAAAAAAAGAUUCUGUUAUUUUAAAGAUGGAAAGUAAUGUGAGAGAUCUUGAAGAGAAAUGUAAGAAUUCAGAUAAAAAGAUCAAAGAAUUAAAUGAUCAGGAAACAAAACUGAAGGAGGAAGUCUUGCAGUUGAAGGAUAACUUGAAAACAACUGAACAGUCACUUCAAGAAAAAGAGAGAGAAAAUGAAAGAAAAAAAGAAGCUGCAGAACAGUUGAGUAAAGACCUCUCUGAGAGUUCUUCUGUCAUACAGCAUCUAAACAUAGAUCUCCAAAGGAAAGAUGAGGAAUAUGCAGACCUGAAAGAGAAGUUAGCAGAUGCCAAGAAACAAAUUCAGCAAGUACAAAAAGAGGUGUGCACGAUGCGCUCAGAGGAAAACUGUCUGAGGAACAAAGUUAAUGAACUUGAGAAAACUAAAAACCAGUUGGGUGACGAAUUAGACAUCAAACAGCGAACAAUCCAGCAACUUAAGGAGCAGUCGAAUAAUGAGAAGAUGGAAGAAAUUUUGAAGCAAUAUGAUAAUGCAUGUAAAGAUUUGUGUGCAAAAAAGAAAAUAAUUGAAGACAUGAGAUUGACAUUAAAGGAGCAGGAAGAGACUCAGAUGGAGCAAGACCAAGUGCUUGAGGCCAAAUUAGAAGAGAAUGAGAGAUUAGUUUCUGAAUUGGAAGAAUGGAAGCAAAAAUAUAAAGAGCUGGAGAAGCAGAGCAGUGGUAAUAAGCAACAAAUAAUAAGCAAACACAAAGAGGAAAGUAUAGAUGUUAGAGGAGAACAAAUAAAGCUGCAAGAAAGACUGGAGGAAUCCGAAGAAAAAUAUAAAGCUGAUAGAAAGAAAUGGUUAGAAGAAAAAAUGGGACUCAUAACUCAAGUAAAGGAAGCUGAGAAUCACCGUAACAGGGAGAUGAGAAGAUUUGCCGAAGACCGAGAACGUUAUGUAAAACAACAAACAGAAAUGGAAAGGCUUACUGCACAGCUGGCGGAAAAGGAUAACAACCUUCAAAAGUGGCGUGAAGAGAGAGAUCAGCUAGUAAAAGCUUUAGAAGUGCAGCUUAAAACUCUGCCUUUUAGCAAUGUACAGAAAGAUAAAGAAAUAGAAGAACUGAAGCAGACUACGUUAAAAGGUUCAGGGAAGGAGUAUGAAAUUGUAAUAGAGCAAUUAAGAAGAGAAUUGGCUGAGAGAGAUAAUUUGAUAAAUGAGCUAAAGCAAACUACUUGUCAUGAAAAUCCUAAAUCUGCAAGGGUACCAUUGUUACCUAAACAAAGAUUAAGUAAAACGGAUGAAUCCUCCCACAAUCAACAGAAAAAAGAAGAGAAUAACCGGGUAACUGGACAGUGUGUUCCAGUGAAGGAGAAUGAAGUUAAAGGGAAGAGUUUAUUACACUGCCCUAGCAACGCCUCUUCAUUAAAUGAAAUUGAGGACCACUCAGACACUGUCCUGGACUCUUCUGAAGUGUCUACAGAAAAUGGACAAACUAGCAGGUUUCCUAAACCUGAGAUGGAGAUUCAGUUCACACCUCUACAGCCUAACAAGAUGGAAGUGAAACACCAGGGCAGUGCUUUACCAGUGACUGUUAAAAUGUCCAAGACAAGAAGAAAAAGGAAGAGUGAUGAGAUGGAUGAGAGUAAUAUGCUCUCAAGCUGCUGGAAAAACAGAUGUAGAAAUAAACAUACUUCUGAAGGCCUUUAUCAGGACUCUGUGAAACAUGUAAACAAGAAAAAUACCACAUCUAUGACUAAUAAUAGGUUGCCUAUAACUUCCAAUUCUGCUACAAUCAACAAGAUGAAAGUGUCAUUUCGAAAGGAAUACCCUUUAAGAAACCAACAAUCUACUUCAAGUAUGAAAUCUACUAGGAAAAAAGAUGGAACCUUACAAAAGCUUGGAGAUUUCCUUCAAAGUUCUCCUAUAAUUAUUCAUUCAAAAGCAAAGAAGUUGAUUGAAACGAUAAGCUCUCCCAAAUCUGCACAAGUGGAAAAUCACAAAGAAAAUCAGCCCAAGCCAAAACGAACCAAACGAAGGCUCUACUCAGCUGCCAUUUCCUCUCCUUUAAAUAUUCCUGGUCACCUGAUUGUUAUGGAUCAGAAGGAAAAGGAAAGCGAUCACUUAAUCAUGAAGCGACGGCUGCGAACAAAAACUGCUAAAUAGUCUUAUAGAAGCAUGUUCAUAUGAUUUCUCAUCAGAGUAUAUUUCUACUCUGAUGUUAUUGUAUAGCAUAACUAUUCCAAUGACUGUAUACAGAUUUCUUUUUUAAAAAAAUUGUAGUAUAUGCUGAAGUAAUUCAGACUUGGUAGGCUUAAAAUCUUGAACCUAUUAAAGAUUAAAUGUAAUUCAAGAAA